AUUGAGAACAAAUAGCAAUCAAUACAAUGUUAUCAAUAAAUGCAAUAACAGCAUUUCUACUAAUAAUUGCCGCAAUUGUGGUGAACGGGGAGUACUGUCCGGACCCGGAUGUGAUCAGCCCGUGUAGUUGCGAUGGCAAGCGUAUCAAAUGUCUGGCCCUAGGCGAAAUUGAGCUUGCACCCAUCAUGGAGGCCUUGUUGGACGGUCAACAGCACCGGUAUUACCAAACCUUUGAGUUGGAGAGCAAUGCUGCGACAAAACUGGACGCCUAUACGUUCAAAGGGGUCAGAUUUGAGGAGAUUGUACUGACCAGUGGCCCACUCUUAUCAUGCGUACACCCCAUGGCUUUUGCCGGACAGGAGGCCAGUGUAACUAGGUUUGAGGCCACGCUCACUAACCUUAGCUCACCACGGACCAGUGAAUGCGAUUUAUUUUACGCGCUGAGUGGUCUAACACAAUUGCAAUCUAUAACCAUGAUUGGCACCCAACUCAAUGAAAUACCCGACGGGGCGUUUACCGACAAAAUGGGCGAUCAGUUUAAUUUGACGACCAUUUUGCUUAGUAAUGGCCGUCCGGGCGGUCAGAUCGAGCGCAUCGGCAAAGCGGCGUUUACGGCGCUAAGAGCGCUUGAAAAGUUGGACCUAUCGUAUCAAAAGUUGACUAAGGUGGGUGAAGGUGCAUUCAAUCUGUCUGAUUAUAUCGGCGAUGGUAUGACUAUAAACCUUAUGGGCAACGCACUGACGGCCACAUCGUUUGGCGGCGAUCUCGUGACAGACGGUGCGGUCACUCAACUGAAUCUGUCGGGCAAUCGAGGGCUUAAAUAUUUGCCCCAAAGUGUAUUCAAAGGGGUUUUUAAAGCAAAUAAGAAAAACACAAUUGAUUUGAACGCAGAUCUCAUGGAAAUUGAUUCAAACAAUAAAUGGUUAGUCGAGCAGAAGGUUAGCCUCGAUCUCAACCAUCGACUACUGCACGCCAUGUGUGGCGACGGACGCCCACUGCUUAACCACACUGUGGCUGAAAUGGAUAAACCACCCAAAUAUUAA